AUGAGUGGACAGGACUCCAGAAGAGGCUCCUGGAGGGCUGGGAAUGGCUCAUGGAGAGGAAAUGGUAGAGGAUGGAGAGGAGCAAGGAAUGGCGGUGGAACAUGGAGAGGAGGAAGCAACGGCAGUGGAGGCUGGAGAGGAGGAAACAGUGGCAGGGGAGGAUGGAGGAGUAGACCUUGGAGAGGAGGUUCAGGAGGGGGGCGAGGUGGAGGACAGGUCGGAGGGACACCUGGAGGUGAUAACAGAGUGUCUGCAAGUCCAUUCUUAGGCACACAGAGAGGUCUCCACCAGGCCACUCUAGAUGUGAUGUCCCCUUACAAAGGAUGGUCACUGUACUUCACUGAAGGUUUCAUCGAGAGCUCGCCCACAGUGGAGAAGAUCAAAGUGUUUGAGAAGUACUUUGCCUCAAAGAUCCACCUCUACGACAAGGACGAGAUUGAGCGUCUAGGCAGCGUGCUGGUGGACUACGCCGACCUAACAAUAAACGAGAGUGUGCUUGCGGAGCUUCCUGGUUUGACCACGGAGUUGAAGACACAACCGGAGGUUAUCCUCAACUGUUUGGGAUUGGCCAUUCACCAGGUGUUGACUGUUGACUUGGAGAAACAAGCUGCUGAGCUGCCCGGGGACGAGCUUCCAGUGGCCGUGCCGAUCAUCCACAUCCCUCACAUCAGUGCGAGGCUGUACAACUAUGAGCCGCUAACUCCACUGCGCACAUUGCGUGCAAGCGUGUUUGGCUGCCUUGUGUGUGUAAGGGGCACCGUGGUCCGGGUGAGCAACAUAAGGCCUCAAUGCACCAGGCUGGCCUUCCAGUGCAUGACAUGUUCCAGCACACUUUCACUGCCUUUGCAGCACGGGAAGUACGCGACACCCACCAAGUGUAUCAGGCCAGAAUGCCGCAGUCAUGCGUUCAGUGCCAAACGGCGUUCUCCUCUUACACACACUGUCGACUGGCAAAUUAUCAAAGUGCAGGAGUUGGUAUGCGGUGAGCAGAGGGAGGCCGGACGCAUCCCACGCACUGUGGAGUGCCACUUGACCGCCGACCUCUGUGACAGCUGCGUUCCCGGUGAUACCGUGACUGUGACAGGGAUUGUUAGAGUCACAAAUGAUGGCACCACUAGGUGGAAUAAGGACCAGUCUAUGUUCCUGCUCUACAUUGAGGCCACGUCAGUCAGCAACACAAAAGGUCAGCAGUCCAAGUCUGGAGGUGCUGGCUUGUCUGGUGGCUCACCCGAGAAUGGCUGUGGAGGUGAGGAGUUUACCCUGAAGGAGCUCUACGCCAUCCAGGAGAUCCAGUCGCAGCCGGACCUGCUGAAACUCAUUGUCCAUUCACUAUGUCCCGCCAUUUACGGCCACCUGUUGGUGAAAGCAGCACUGGUGUUGGUGUUGUUCGGAGGAAGGCAGAAGCACACGGGCAAGAACAGCGUCCCAGUCAGAGGCGACCCCCACGUCCUGAUGGUGGGAGACCCUGGACUGGGCAAGAGUCAGAUGUUACAGGCCAUGUGCAAUGUGGCUCCUCGAGGGAUCUAUGUUUGUGGCAACAGCACCAGCACUGCAGGACUAACAGUGAGUUUAUACAGAGAUCCAGGAAGUGGAGAUUACGCUGUGGAGGCUGGAGCCUUGGUGUUGGCUGACCAAGGUUUGUGCUGCAUUGACGAGUUUGACAAGCUGGGUAACCAGCAGCAGGCCCUGUUGGAAGCCAUGGAGCAACAGUCUGUGAGUCUGGCAAAAGCGGGAAUCGUUUCUUCAUUGCCUGCCAGAACCUCUGUCAUCGCCGCCGCCAACCCCAUCGGAGGCCAUUACAACCGAAACAAGACCGUCUCGGAGAAUUUGAAGAUGGGCUCGCCUUUGCUUUCCCGCUUCGACGUCAUCUUCCUCCUCCUGGACAUCCCUGACGAGUCCCACGACCGCUGUCUGUCCGAGCACGUCAUGGCCAACCGGGCGGGCAGAGCCAGUAGUGGCGUGUUCGCCAUGAACAGUAAGGACGACGCAGAGACUUCCAUCUUGUUGGAACACUCAAGCCUACCGCUGUCUGUGCGUUUGCAGAUACCAGAAGGAGAAAUCACCAACCUAAUCCCAGCAUGCUUGUUAAGGAAGUACAUCAGCUACGCUCGCCACUAUGUUCACCCCACCCUCUCUCCGGAAGCCGCCCAGACGCUUCAGGAUUUCUAUCUAUCACUGAGGUCUCAGUCGCGUGCUGCAGACACUACGCCCAUCACCACACGCCAACUGGAGUCCCUCAUCAGGCUCACUGAGGCAAGAGCCAGACUGGAGCUCAGUGAGACUGCCACCAAGAGCCACGCGGAAGAUGUGGUGGAAAUUAUGAAACACAGUCUGGUUGACACAUACUCCGACGACUUGGGCAAUCUGGACUUUCAGCGCUCGCAGCAGGGCAGAGGCAUGAGUCAGCGCGGAGCAGCCAAACGACUCAUCACUGCCCUCCACGCCCAUGCCCAACAGACCAAUGAGAAGCAAUUUACCCUGCAGACCAUUCGAUCUCUGGCAGAGAGGCUGAACAUAAAGGUGCUGGACUUUGAGGGUCUAGUGAGUUCUCUCAAUGAGCAAGGUUUCCUGCUGAAGAAAGGAGCCAAACUUUACCAACUUCAGACCAUCUGA